CAACACUGUUCGCCAGUUAGUCCUUAAGCUAUAGUGGUGUAAACUUGUUGACGAAAAGUCCCAGUGUGACCGGCGUGAGAGUAAUUGUCCGGAUUCCAAAGUUUUCUGUUUUUUGAUCCAAGAGACUUCCAAUAGCGCUUUGAGAUUCUGUAGAAUGACGCAGAGAAGUCAUGAAACAAUUCGUAGUCUUCUUCGAGGGCUACCACUCGGAACGAGUUACGAGAUUCCAUGGCAAGAUGAACCGAAUAACGAAGAAGCGUUUCAUGAGGUCAAUGAUAUCCAGGAUGCAGACGAAGAUACCGGGCUCGGCCACAAAGGCGAAAUUCCAAUGGAUGUCGAAUAUGAUUCAUACGAACAGCAGGCACAGCACGCGCAAGGACCAUGGCAUGGUCAGUUUGCGAUAGAAGGAAAAAAUAAUUACAAGUGGUACGCGAAUAAUUCGGAAAUACCAGUGCUACAGGUGUCAGAAAUUUCUUUUGCUAAACCGAAUGGCGAUGCGAAGAAUAUCAGAACACCACUCGAAGCAUGGAGUUUACUUUUUUCAAACGACUUAUUGGAUAUAAUCGUUCGGCAUACAAAUGAAGAAAUCCGAAGAAGAGCCGAGUACCAGAUUGAAGACCUUUAUCGAGAGACAAAUUUGGUGGAAUUAAAAGCCUUGCUGGGAUUAUUAUACUUCUCCGGAUUGGUAAGACAGAACCCCCCCUCCGAGGAUUUGUGGACACCACUAUUUGGAAUCGUUUCGUUCGAAUCUGCAAUCAAAAAACGUCGAUUUUAUUAUUUGUUAGCAUGUCUUACUUUCGACGAUAAGGCAACCAGAGUCGAACGACGAAAAGCGCAUGAAUUAGCGCCUAUAAAAGAAAUUUGGGAUCUAUUUAUUUUGAAUUGCACGCGAAACUAUUUUCCAUCUAAUUGCUGCACGAUUGACAAGCAGUUUCUAAAAUUCCACGGACAAUUUUGUUCGAAAGUCUACGUUCCUAAUAAACCAAACAAGUGUGGUAUAAAAAUCGUAUGCAUGAACGAUGCACAAACUUCGUAUUUAAUAAGCGCGGAGCCCUACGCAGGACGGAUUCCAACUCUCGCAGGUGAAUCUGUGCCGAACUAUUACGUGCGAAAAUUAUCAGAAUCAAUUCAUCAUACGGGGCGAAAUAUCACAUGCGAUAAUUGGUUCAUGUCCGUCGAUCUUGUUAGAGAAAUGAAAAUUCACUACAACCUGAGCAUGGUUGGCACUCUACGAAAAAAUAUGUGCGAAAUACCACCAUCGUUCACGCGAAACGGGACUCCUGGUACUGUUCGCUUCGGUUUCGCCGAAGGAAAUACCUUAGUUUCGUAUUGCCCGGGCAGUAAAAAAGUCCUUAUAUUAUUAUCAAGUUUUCACAAAACCGGACUAGUGAACGUUCUUACCGGAUCACCAGAAAUUCUAGAUUUUUACACCCGCACGAAAGAAGCCGCCUAUAAAUUCGAUCAGAUGUGCGAGACUUACAACACUGUUCGCCAUACUUCAAGGUGGCCGCUAAGAAUAUUUUUUGGUAUGUUGGAUUACGCUGGAGUCAAUUCCCUCGUAUUGUACAAUUUACAAGCGAAUAUGAUAAGAAGUCGAAUAAACUUCAUCAAGGAAUUGACUUACGCGCUAAUACAACCACAACUUCAAGCUCGCACUGAAUCGUUGGUACAGCAACCUGCUCUACCUUUGACGUUUCAAAAUAUACGAAAAGUUCAACCACAAAGACGCAAAACGCAUAAACAAGCACGGUGCGCAUUCUGUACGGAUGUAAGAUUAACAGCUGUUCGUUGUGUGCGGUGUGAAAGGCCUAGUUGCGAAGCCCAUCGAAUUACUGUUUGCAAAUCAUGUAACGAAGCCAUAUAAUUGUUUAUUUUGUACAUUUAGUAUUUGUUUUCAGUCAUAAUUUCUUGUUUAUACAUAAAUAAUAGUAUUUUUUACUGUAAAAAUGACCGUCAUUUAUUUUUAAUCAAAGUUCUCGACCGUUCUCUCUUUGAAAUUGCGCAUUUCCAAGUGAACCAAUAAUCACACUUGCUUCGGCAGGAACCAUCAGAGCCCGGUCUCUCUUGAUCAUAAAUAUAGGGUCUCCAUGGCCAGGAUCCAUGGUUAUAUGUUUCUCGUAUACAUCGAAUCUAUUUUUUCACUUUACUAUUCUUUCCGUUUAACAAGGCCUUGACAGCAAUUUAUUGUUGCACCGACAUCAAAUUUUUGCAACAGUCCCACUGUCGAAGGGUUUAAAGUUAUUCGGCUGUAUACACUGAUGCGUUUGGAUUUAUGCUUUUCUUUGCAAUUUCAUUUGUUUGCGGCACAUAGCAGGCAGCAUCUACGUACGGUUGAUCGUUUUCCUUGCUGCCAUUAGUGUAUAUAGCUGUUGCUUUGUUUUUAAUAUGAGUUGAUCAACUGCAUGAUUUGGAUUUUGACUAGUUUUGUACGCACUGGAGUCACUGUACAACUAUGAAAUGAACAAGAAGUUGAUUGAAUCAGAACAAAGAUGCGAAAAAAAAACGAAUUUUAACAAAACGGUAUUGAAAUCAUUUUCUAAUAAACCAGUAUCUAGUUGAUGACGUGGAGAGUAAGAAUGAAUCAUUCACAUCAGACUAUAAAGAACUAAAAACAAAUAUUUCGUAGCAAAGAAACAUUUAGUUGCGUUACUAACCGAACGUAUGUAUCUCAUUCAUUCUAAUUACACUUGUUCAAUGCAUCAGAAUAUAUAUA